CUCUGUGAUCUGUGGUCUUGUUCGGUAAAGUGGCAAUUGAGGGUGAAUUGAGGUUAUGGCAUCGAAGAUAUUUCCCAAACAAAAUGUUUCUGUAUUAAAUUAAUGUUUGUCAUCGUUCGUAUACUAUACUUUACUUAGUAAAGCUGACUAAAACUCUGAUCUGUGGGUAAAAUCAUGAUGUAUCAAAUUUCUCUCUAUGCCAUACCUACCAUUAUAUUUCUUGUUGCGGUACGAAAAUAUCGCGAACGAAAAUGGGGUAAGUGCCAGAAUACAGUGAAACUGAAUGGAAAAGUGGCCCUAGUGACGGGGGCAAACAGUGGGAUUGGAUAUGAAAUAGCCAAAGAAUUGGCAGCAAGGGGGGCCCACGUAAUACUCGCAUGCAGGAAUUUAGAAAAGGCGAUUGCAGCUGCAGCCGAAAUUAGAAAGUCAUUGCAAAAUAACCCGGUGCUGGAGCCUUUGGAGUUAGAUCUUAGCUCGUUGCGAUCGGUGCAGUCGUUUGCAAAAAUCGUCAAUGAAUACGAGUUCAUACACAUUCUGGUCAACAAUGCUGGAGUAGCAUAUCCAAGAAAUCAAAGAUUGCAAAGCAUUGAUGGCUUCGAAAUGCAUUUUGCGGUUAAUCAUUUAGGGCACUUUUACUUGACAACGUUACUCGAAAAAGUGCUGGUUCGAUCGAGAGCCAGAAUAAUCGUCGUUGCUUCUUCUUUGCACGAAAAAGGACGGUUAGACCUGAAGGCUAUUCGGAAUUUGGAAUUUGAGGAAGGUGAAAACUUAUAUGCUAAUUCUAAACUGGCCAAUGUGUAUUUCGCACAGGAACUUGCAAGGAGAUUCAAGAAGAGUAUGAACGUGCACGCUGUUUGCCCUGGGUGGGUAUACACAAAUCUUUUUAGACAUUCCUUUAAAUGGUAUCAUUGCAUUUUGAUGGUUCCUGUGGCAUUCUUAUAUAUGAGAACUGCUAAACAGGGCUCAGAAACAGCAAUAUAUUGUGCUACAGAACCGUCUCUUGAUGAAGAAACCGGGCUUAUGUACAAAGAUUGCAAGAAAUACAACAGCAAAACAAUAUUUUAUGAUAAAAUAGCCACUCAACUUUGGGAUGAAUCACAAGAUAUGGUGAACAGUUGUAUUAACCAGGAUUAAUGACUUAGUUCUCCAUUAAGCGAUACCAAAGUUUUGUUUUUAUUAGUGUUUUUAAACGUUUUAAUUUGUUAUUGAAAAUUGAAUUGAGUAAGAGAGGCAAAGGGGGAGGUCUAUUGAAAACUACAAAAAGACCAGCACAAACAAAUUAUUAAGACUUGGAGUAGGUAACAGAUAUAUGAAAUCGCCAAGUUAUUUAUUUACCAAGAUCGUAUAGCGUACUUUUUCGUUCGAACAAAGAGUAUGUUUUUGAGAGUUUGUUAUAAGAUUUCUAGAAAAAUAAAUGUUGUAGUUA